UUGUAAUUAUUUUCCAAAAGAAAAACUAAACCGGAAGGCUUAUCAACUCGUACUAUAUACAUCUUCCAUCAAUCAUUAUCUUUUCAAACCAAUUAAUUAUCAAAGCUCUCAGAAAUUCAAACCAAUCUUGCAAUCAUUUUUGAAUAAUAUCAUGGCUGAAGUCCUUGUUAGCGCCAUCGUGACUGUUCUGGUUGAUAAGCUAUACUCUGCUGCCUUAAUGAGUUUUGCUCAAUCUCAAGGAAUCGAUUCUCAGCUGAAAAAGUGGAAGAAAACUUUGCCCGUGAUCCAAGCUGUGCUUGCUGAUGCAGCCCAGAAGCAAAUUACACAAAAACCAGUUGAACUGUGGCUGGUUGAGCUCCAGGAUUUGGCAUACGACAUUGAAGACGUACUUGAUGAUAUCGCCACAGAAGUUAUGAAGCGAAAAUUGCAAGAAUCUAGAAAUGGAAGCACAAGAAGUAGUAAGGUACUAAAGAUGAUCCCAUCUUGUUGUACUAGCUUCAUUCCUAAUAAUAUCAUGUAUGGUCGUAAUAUUACCUCGAAGCUAGAUGAGAUUACCACUAGAUUGCAUGAUCUUUCCGAGCAGAGACAGAGUCUGGGUUUAGUUGUGAAUGGUGAAACAUCAGCUAGCUAUAGAACAAAUAAACGAUUAGAGGAAACUUCACUGCUGCCGGAUGUGUCUGAAAUAUUGGGUCGGGAUGGGGACAAAGAGGUUUUACUGGGGAAUUUGUUGGAGGAUGAAGGAUCAUGCAGUCAUAAAAAUGUUAUCAGUAUUGUGUCAAUAGUUGGUAUGGGCGGGAUUGGAAAAACAACUCUUGCAAGACUUUUAUACAACGACCCAAAAGUGAAGGGUCACUUUGAACUCAGGGCAUGGGUUUGUGUUUCUGAUGACUUCGAUGUGUUUGAUAUCACCAAACAAAUUUAUCAAGCCGUAGUUGGGGAGGACAAAACGUUUACUAAUCUAGAUCUGCUUCAAAUGGCUCUGAAAGAAAAACUUUCAAAACAAAGGUUCCUACUCGUUCUAGAUGACGUCUGGAACGAAGACCACAAGAAGUGGGAAACCCUUAAACAGCCACUUGUAGGGGCACCGGGAAGUAAAGUUAUUGUGACAACCCGGAACACCGUGGUUGCAUCAGUGAUGAACUCAGCUCAACCUCAUAAUCUGGGGGCUUUGUCUGGUGAUAUAGCAUUAUCUUUGUUUGCUCAAUAUGCACUUGAAGAACAAAACUUUGACAAACAUCCAUCGGUUUCUACAAUUGCUCAAGGUAUCGUUCAGAAGUGUGGGGGUUUGCCUUUGGCUUUGGUAACAAUUGGGAGGGUAUUGAAGACUAAAGGAAUGGAUGUUGUUGAAUGGGAGGAGUUGUUGAAAAGUGAAAUAUGGAGUUCACAGGACGAAAGUGGUAUUCUUCCAGCACUCAAGCUGAGCUACUAUCAUCUCCCUUCACAUUUAAAGCAGUUGUUUGCAUAUUGCUCCUUGUAUCCAAAGGACCAUCUGUUUGAUAAGAACGAACUUGUCCUAAAGUGGAUGGCACAAGGAUUUCUGUCCCAACCAAGAGGCGACAAAUCAAUGGAGAAUUUGGGUCAUGCGUAUUUUCAAGAGCUGCAUUUAAGGUGUUUUUUUCAGCCUUCAACAGAUGUCGAAUCAAGAUACACAAUGCAUGACUUGAUGCAUGACUUGGCCAUAAGCGUUGGAGGAAAGUUUUUCUUUAUGUUGGAUGAAAAGGUUGACAAAAAUGGUCAGAAUGAAAACUUUGAGAAGUUUCGCCACUUUUCAUUCACAGGUGCGGAAUAUAGAAUGUUCAAGGAACUACAUAGAGCUAGAUGCCUGCGAACAUUAUUACGUGUUGGUUAUUGGGGAAGUAGAUGGGACAUUAUUAAUGCAGAAUUACUUACUCAAUUACGCUUUCUGAGAGUGUUGAGCUUAACUGAUAAUUCAAUCACAGAGGUACCACAAUCCAUUGGUAAUCUCAAGCAUUUACGAUACCUUAAUUUAUCCCAAACCAACAUCAAAAACUUGCCAAAACAAGUCGGUAAACUUUAUAAUCUUCAAAGCUUGUUGGUUCGUCAUUGUCAUCAGUUAUCUAGCUUGCCAGACAGUUUCGCAGAGUUGAUAAACUUGCGACAUCUUGACAUGGUCAAUACUUCAAUGUUGAAGAAGACACCCUUAGGGAUCGGUGGAUCAACAAGUCUACAAACUCUAACUAAGAUUUAUAUCGAAGAAGGUAACGGGUUUAAAAUAUCCGAGCUUAAGGGCUUGUCAGAUCUCCAAGGUGCUCUUUCCAUUGAGGGGUUGCACAAAGUGAUACAUCCAACAGAAGCAGAUGAUGCAAACUUACAACUAAAAAGAGGUCUUGAUAAUUUGUAUAUGGAAUGGAGUGAUGUCUUUGAUGCUCUUCGGAGUCGAACUAUCGAGUAUGACGUACUUGAAAAGCUAAGGCCUCCCUCUAAGUUAAAAAGACUGAGCAUUUCUUUCUAUGGGGGAAUGAAAUUUCCUACAUGGCUUGGGGAUCCAACAUCAUUUGAUCGAUUAUCAGAACUUAUGUUAAGCGGCUGUGAAAACUGCAAAUAUUUACCAACGCUUGGGAAUCUAAGUUCACUUCGGGAGUUGUGUUUGAGGGGCAUGAAAGCGGUGCAUAUGGUGGGUUUUGAGUUGCUAUCAUCUACUAAACCUUUACAUGGUAAUGCUUUUCCGUCACUUGAAUCUUUGGAAGUUGAAGAUAUGGAAAGUCUGGAGAUAUGGUCGACUAGCAUUGGUGAUGAUGUCGAGGCUCCUCAAUUGUUUCCCAGUCUUCGUGCGAUUACAUUUAGAAGGUGUCCGAAACUUGGUAAGGUAUCAUUUGGAUUGAUACCAUUACUUAAGGAUUUAACUGUAAAAGGUUGUUCACGGAAAGUGUUGAAAGACUUGGUUGGUGUGUCUUCAUCAAUCCGCAGAUUGGAGGUGGGUGCAAUUAAAGGGCUGACUCAACUGGAUAAAGAAGUCUUAAAACAUCUUGGAGCAGUUCAAGCUCUAGAAAUCCAGGGUUGUCAUGAAUUAAGAUGCCCGUGGGAACUAGAAUUGGAAGCAUGCAGAUUUUUUCGGAGUUUACAAGAGUUGUAUGUAUAUAACUGUCCAAAGCUGGAAUCAAUUAAGGGAGAGAAAGAAGGGGUUAAUAUCAUGGGAUCUCUUAGAAAAGUGGUUCUUCAUAGCUGUGAUGCACUGGAGAGUUACUACUGUCCGUCUAGUGUUGAGACGUUGGAUAUAUUGACUUGUUCAUCGUUGACAUCAUUGAGCUUCUCGAAAUUGCAGGAAGAAGACCUCCCAUCAUCAUCCUCUAAUUUGAAGUAUCUAAGGAUUGGCAAUUGCAAUAAUAUAAAGUCGAUCUCUAAAGAGCAUUUGCAAAGUCUCACAUCCUUGGAAGAGAUAGAGAUAUAUGACUGUCCAUGCAUGGAGGACUCAUUUCCAUCACGUGGGUUGUUGUGGCCUCCUAAUUUGAAGAAAUUAAUGAUAGGAGAACUAAAGAAGCCAAUGUCAGAGUGGGGGCUUCAAAAUUACCCACACUCUCUUGUUGAACUAUCCUUACAUGGAAAGAAUUCAGGAGUGGUUUCAUUUGGAAUAAUAGGGGAAGAACAAGAACAUCAUAAUAAUAAAAAUACUACGACUAUUAGUUCAUCAUGUUUUCUUCUUCCGCCAUCUCUAACUUAUUUAUUUAUCAUUAAUUUUGAGGGAGUGGAAUCAGUUUCAGAGGUCUUACAGCACCUUCCUCACCUUCAAAAACUGAAUUUUUGGAAUUGCCCGAAGCUUAGAGAUGUACCAAUGACAACUUCAUCUGUGACAGUACGUAUGAGAAAAUGGUAGACAAGAAAGGCACUGCCGAAAGGAUUAUAUAUCAGAAGCAUUGACACAUCAUAUAUGGUUGACACUUGUUUUAAGUGAGUAUGAAUACAUCAUUUGGUGAUUUGAACAUGUAGCCUAAGUUGAGAAUUUCAUACACUUGUAGACAGGUCACGUGGAAUGCCAAUGGCGAAAGGAUUAUAUAGCAGAGUGGUAGAAGGGGGUUGAAAGCUUUCAAGGACCUGUCGAAAGAAAGACUUGCUGUUAUGAUCAUUGACUUUCAUUAAUUGAAAGUGUUUGCUGUUGUCAUUGUAGAGCAUAUCGUGAUCUAUAUUGUUGUAAAUUUUUUAAUAAAAUUUUUUCAAUUGCAUAGUUUAGUUGAUGGUACA